GACUCGUGUUCACUGUAACACAGAUGGGUUUGGAGGAGCAGGAGGACUUGUUUUGCUAGCUGUUAGCUCAGAGUUCGGGUUAAAACCUAGGUCUGGCCGGGUUCUAUUGUGUCCAGAGUGGGUCCGAUGGCAGCAGGAGAAGCAACCGGCGUGGACCUCAGCAGGAAGUUUGUGACAGAGGCAGAACUCGACGAGAAGAGGAAGAAGAGGCAGGAGGAGUGGGAGAAAGUCAGGAAGCCCGAUGAUCCAGAAGAGGUCCCGGAGGAGGAGUACGACUCUCGGUCUCUGUUUGAACGUCUGCAGGAGCAGAAGGACAAGAAGCAGCUGGAGUAUGAGGAGCAGUUUAAAUUCAGCAACAUGGUGAGGGGGCUGGACGAGGACGAGACCAGUUUUCUGGACCAAGUGUCCCGACAGCAGGUCCUCGUGGAGAAGCAGAGGCGGGACGAGGAGAAGCAGGAGCUGCUGGAGUACAGAAGCGCUCUGGUGAAGCAAAAAUCCACAGAGACUCGCAGAGAACCUGAGAAGAAGUCCAAACCUUCAGCAUCAGAGCAGAGGAGCAGCCAUCUUUCUCAGGCUCAUUUAUUAGUCGGAGCCGUGAAGAGGCGCAGCUCCUCACAGUCCUCAGACAGCAGUAAGAGACAGAGAGUGGACAACACAUCAUCAGCGACAGGAAGCAGAGACAGACUCACAGAGCAGGAGGGCGGAGCAGCAGGAGGAGGAACAGGUGCGCCUGAGGAUCAUCGAGCACUUCCUGGCCUGACGGCGAAGACGCCGGCGGCUUCCCCGGGCUCCGCCCACGGCGUGCUGCACCUGCCGUCUGCGGCCGUGUGCGUCGGCGUUUUCCCAGGACUCUGCGCCUAUUCUGGCAGCAGCGACUCUGACAGCAGCUCAGACAGUGAAGUUUAAGCCGAGCGUCCAAUCCCCGUCGGCUUCCUCCCGCCCCCAGCCGCAGCGCCUGCUGCUGUGAUUGGCUGAAGGAACAGUGAUUGACAGCCGAGGAGCACAGAAGAGUCGUGGUCGAUUUAGCUGCAGAGACUUUCCUGUUUGAUUCCUGCUUCGUCGUCGGCUGUUUGUCUUAACACCGAGCUAAAAAGAUGCUGCAUGUUGGUCCGGUCUCAAAUGUUUUGUUGUUCAAGUU